AUGGUAGAGCUAUAUAUCACCGCUGGCAUUAUCACAGGAAUGGGAUUCUCUUUGUGUUUCCAGCCAUCGAUCACCAUGGUGGGCCACUACUUUGUGCGUCGCAGGGCGUUCGCCAAUGCCUUGUCUUCCACUGGUACCGCACUGGGUCUCAGCAUCCUACCAUUGCUGGCCAACUAUCUGCUCAGCAGCUUUGGUUGGCGGGGCAGUUUUCUGGUGCUCGGAGGAGUUCUGUUGAACUGCUGUGUUUGUGGGGCAGUGAUGCGCCCCCUUGCAGCCAAACCAAAAAAGGAAGCCAGAACCAAAGAGACGGACAAUCACCACCUCAAAACGAAUUGCCUUUCCGUUCAUCAGGGUCUAAAAGGUCGGCUGCGGGCAACUCUCUCCACCAUUAUGACUUUCCUACGCCGACACAUGGCUUUCGACCUGCUGUGCAGUAACCCAUACUUCUGUGCCUAUGCUCUUGGGGUGUCCUGGAUGAUGCUGGGUUUCGUGGUGCCUCUAGUUUAUCUGGUUCCUUAUGCCACUGCAUAUGGUAUGGAACAAGACCAAGCAGCUCUCCUGAUGGCCAUUCUGGGAUUGAUAAACAUCACAGUUCGACCCGCAACAGCACUUGUUUUUGGGCUCCCUCGUUUCAGAGGAAGCCAUAAAUUCGCCUACCUGUUUGCAAUAGCUGUGGUGAUCAAUGGGUUGAGCAACUGUGUCUGUGGGAUUGGGACAAAGUUUCCUAGUCUGCUGCUGGUGUAUGUUAUAUUGUUUGGGGUUUCCAUGAGCCUCGUUGGCUCUUUGUUGUUCACUGUACUGAUGGACACGGUGGAGAUGAGCCGCUUCCCAUCUGCGCUAGGCCUCAUCAGCAUUAUGGAGAGCAUCAUGCUACUGCUUGGACCACCAUUAGCAGGAAUCCUGGUGGACAGCACUGGCCAAUACAUCUAUGUGUUCUUCGCCUGCAGCAUAACAGGCUCCACGGCUGGUCUCUUCAUCAUGCCUUCCUUCUACUGGCUGGACAGACGAAGAAACAGAGAGCAGGUCAAGAGUUCCUCUGCUCAUCAAGACCCUCAUUCACUGAAGCCAAGCCUUAAAAUGACCGUAGACUGUGAAUACAGUCCAGUGCCUUUACACAGUAAGAACACCAGAGAUAUAGAGACUGAUGUAUGAUUGUCCUGCCAAAACACAACCUGAUGUAACUAUUUCAUUCAUUUUUUGUCUUUCCCCAUCCUCUUCUUACUGGUGAUGAGUCAAAUUUAGAUUACAUAGGGUACACGAAGUAGAGGUGUGCGAUAUUUAACAUCUACAGUAAUUUCAAUAAGUCCCCCCACUCAAAAGCCAAUUGGGUUCGAGUAUCAGCUCCACAGGGAGCAGUAUUAGGAUCUCUUUAGUUUUCAGCGGCUUUGAGAAAUGUUAAAAGAUUUUGGGUCGAUUCUGUAUAUGUUACCAAACAUUAAAACAGUGUGGGGUGCUUUAUCCUGAGAGGACCAUUUAAUUCUAUUCGCCAAAAUUCAAAUGAGACUAUUUAAUAUCUUAAUCAGGGGUGCUCAACACUGUAACAGGAGAUUCCUCAACAUAGACUCAUUGUGAAAACAUAGCCCUUUAUUUCUGGAGGUGGCAAAUUAUGUAGCCAGAAGUACGUGUGGCUGCAUUUUGUCUUUAAAACGUAUGCUACAGGGUGGUAUGAUGCCGUUCCUUUUUGCACUUACCAGCUGACCGCUUACCUCUGUAUGAACGGCUUUCCCUGCUGUUACCAGUUUGUCCAGUUAGCUCGCCAUGUACAUCAGUGGACUUGAGACGCAGAGAGGAGUUAACCAAAAUGACGGGGUUGAGUCUGGUGAGAAACGGUUCCAGAAAGCAGGUAAGACAAAAACA